CCCCUUCCCCCAACACCAGACGAGGUUCAGCGUCCUUCGACUCUGUUGCGCUGCCGAUAGACAGUGAAUGCAGCUCGACCCACGCGUCUGCCUGUCGACGGACCCCUAGCAACAGCAGAAGCAGCAGCAUCGUCUGGGAGCAGGUCUCUUGGACGUCAGGGAAGCAACUCGCCCGUUGCCGCCUGCGCUUCUACUCUUGAACAGACAUGUCUGCCGCCGCAUCAACGUCCAAGGGCCUUGCCGUGCCUGAUCAGGCGUCGACCCGGCGUCUGUCUGACUCUGCAACGGCGACGCGUUCCGUGCAGGCGCGGGCGCACAGCGACCAGCAUGCAGAGAUCACCAAGCUGCGCAAGUGGGCUGCCGAGGCCAUGGCUGCUGGCCCGCCUGCGCUGAGCGAGCCCUAUGCAGACGUGUGCAACGAGCCCAUGGCCCGGAGGGAGAGCGACGGAGGUAUGUCGAUGAAAUCGGGCGCAUCGUCAAAUUCGAGAAUGGCAAGCGCAGCAGCAGCAGCAGCCGCGUCCGCCCUCGGGUCCCCCGGCGGUCUCGCAUUGCCUUCGGACUCUCGAGACGGCUCUCGGCGGAGCUUUGAGAACGCAACCAUUUCCGCCGCCUCGUUCGACCGACCCUGGCGGCUGUUGCCCAACUCCGCGCUCCAAGCUAGGCCGAGAACAAUGUUUGCAUCAGCUCAAGAGGCCGCCGCCGCCGCUGCCGCCUCGUCCGUCGCGGAUGACGACGACAACGACGACGACGAUGACACAGCGGCCGACAAUAAUGAUGACAAUGGCGCAAUGCGGCACCCGCCAGGUCAUCGCGGCCUGACAGAGUGCGGCAGCGGAACCGCCAGCCUUUUCACUUCGUCGCCCGUUACGACCGCUAACUCCAGUCCGGUGAAGCACCAACAGCAGCAGCAGCAGCAGCAUCUCUCAUCUUCUUCGUCAUCGCGCGCGGUGCGACCUGCACAUGCACCGUCUUUCAGUCCUUCUUCGUUGGCCUACUCGUCCCCACAAACCACGAUGCAGGCCAGCGACUUGUCUUCGUCGCCUCUUCGAAACAGGAAUACUCGAGGACUUCAAGUCGGAACCUCGGCCUCAUCGCUCCAAGGCGACAUUGCUCCGCAUGAACACACACCAAAACCACGCCGAAUGAGCACAUCGUCUCCUACGACGACGGUCUCGACAUGCGACGACGAGAGCGAAGAGGAGAGGCCCAUCAUGACACCUCUCGACGAGAACGGACCACGGCUCGGGAUCGACUCUCCUUCCCGCAUUCAGAGGUCCAACGCCAUCAACCAUCACGGCCGCCCCUCGCAUCCACCGACAAGGGCUCGCGUGCCAAGGCGAAACGCUGUCAGCAAUGACUCGCCUCUUCACCCUCUUACCAGCAUGGGCAUCAGUGCUCGAAGGGGUAGCAUUCCCCACACUCUGUCGGAGGAUCCUCGAUCAGACAAGUACACCAGUCCUUCUCCUCUCAUGGGCAGUGGCAACAAGCAGGUUGACUCCUCCCCGCCACCGCCUUUGUCCCAGUCGACACUUUUGGACCUCGGUCAGGUCAAUGGCAUCACACCUCCUCCCCUUUCGCAGACGUCAGCGACUGGCGGCAACAUCUCUUCUUCAUCGGCCGCAGACUCGUCAUCAACAUUGGGAGGUGCAUAUUCUAGCGUCGUCAGCCAAGGGCUCGAAAUGGGGCUGGGUUUCAGCAUGACCUCGUCGGCCUUGUACACGAAUCUCCAGGGUCCCGCGGCUGGCUUUGCCUCCAUGGCCGAACCACGCUUCUCCCGAUCAAACGGCGCAGGAACGAUGGAGAUGGGAGCGCUUGCCAUGGGCCUCAAGAUGACGGACAGUGAGCUUAUCAAGAAGUCGUCAGAAGCUUCUGCUUCCAUUUCUGGCGAAACCGGUGGCGGCGGUGGUGUCCUGUCGGAGCAGGCAGCCGACGAGGUCACGUUUGCUGCUCUCAACCGCGAGGAGGCAGAUCUGUCGAGACGCCGCACCACGGGUGGAUUGGCUGUCAAGAGCCGCAACGAUGAUAUUCCCGUGGGUCGGCGCCGCGUUGUCCAACGUUCAGGCACGCACGACCCUCGAAAUGUCGGAAUGGCUGGAAAUGGCCACCGGCUCGAGAUGGGACACCCCAACUUUUCUGAUCUUGAAGAGGAGACCUCGCCGCCUGCCACUGCUGACAGCAGAUCACCCUUCGACAAACACGCUGCGGUCGCUUCCGCCUCGACAUCGUCAUCUUCGGGUGAGGCGAGCCUCUCGGAAGCUGUGGCCUCGGGACGAGGCAGCACACAGCUCGACACGCCAUCCAUCGACCACAAAGCCAUGGUUUCACCAGACGCAUCAGUGGCCUCCCAUCUGCGCAAUUCUUACAUCGGCAAGGGCGACUUGGAUGCGUCGGGCGUCGGCAAUGCCAAGCAAGCGGUUGCCGAGGGAAGUCAAGGACCGAGGUUGGCCAAGCCGUCAGUACCUUCGGACUCUGUCCCGGUCGCGAACAAUGCGCUGCUCGCUCCCUCGGGAGGAGGACAUUUUGGUCCGGGUGUGCGAGCGAAGAUUCUGGAAGUCAUCGAUCAGCUGAUUGAAUCGAUCCCCUUGACGGGCGAGGAAGGCGAAACAGUCAACAUCGCCGAAUACGGCUGCCUCAACUCUCGGUCGACGCAACUGCUGCAGCCCAUGAUUUCGGCCUUCGCCCAUCGAGCACUCCUUCGGCAGCCUCAGGUGGCUGGGACACCGCACCCGCAGUCUACUGUUGCCGCAGAUCGCACGGGCUUCUUUGGCGGUCCGAAGGAUGCUGCGCCCCCGACCAUUGUCGGCCGUGGGUAUCCAGAGGGACAGACCACCUCCCUCAACUUUUCCGUUACUCACGAGGAUGGACCGUCGGCCGACUUCAGGUCGCUGAUGCAAGUUCUUGAGACGCAUCCAGAGUCCUACCUCGAUCCUCACUGGCAAUCAACCCACAAACCUGCGUUGACCAACUCCAUCUUCAACUCAUUCGUCGCGAGACCCUUCGGUUGUCGGAUCGCGCCUCCCAACACAAUGCACCUGGGCUUCAGUCUCAUGGACCUGCAGUGGUCUCAUACCCCUGCCAACACCUCUAUCUCGCCCGCCACGAUGGCACAAGCCGAAUUGUCGACUUUCUUGAUGGCGAGGGCCCACGAAUUCAAGAAGGGCUCCGUCUUUCUCAUGGCUUACAUCGCGCGUUCCGAAGAGGACGAUGUCUUUGGCAGCACUGGCGACAGCACAUUUGCCAGACGACGAUCACAAACAGUGUUUGGAGAAGCAAAGUCGGCAUUGGCAGACGAGCGCAAGUUGUCGCUGGCAUCGCUCACCAGCCGCAUGCGAGCUGAAGGAAGCGGACACGAAAGACAUUCAAGCUACUCAGCACAGACUCGCCUAGACGCAGAAAGCGGGGCUACCCCUCGAGCGGCAAAGAAGGAUAUCUGGACUACGCUGAGCAACACGCUGGCUCCCUGCAUCCAGCGUCUCGUGUCGUGCGGCAUGCUCAAGUCCGACGUAGCUCGAACGCUCCUUCACGUCCCCAUGCACCCUCGCACACGCAGCCAAACGCAAGCCGUCCUCAAAAGCGUCAGUCACCUCUGGUCCGUCGACUGGAGCUGCGGCUUGGGUGAGACCGGCGUCGAGGGCGCUGCUCAGCUGCCCGAAUCGGAGCCCAAUACCCUGCGGCUUCCACACCCGGCCUGGAAGGCAUAUCAAUCCGGCACGCUGUCUCGUGUCGCCUUCUCCGAGCACAUGAUCCAGCUCUUCAAGAACCUCUACGAGUCGCAUUUCCGUCAUGUGCUUCGGGAGAGAGGCAAAUUGACCAAAGGCGCUGUCGAAUUCGUCCUCGACAGCCUUUGGGAAGUUCUCUACAGCCGAAUCGUGGACCAAGAGCCUAAUUCGAUGCAGGACGUCGAAAUCGAAGUGUCGCUGUGCGCUCUUCGCAGGCUCUGAUACAUUUCACUCUCUCUUUUUCUCUCUCUCCCUUCACCCCCUCAUUCCGGUCUCAUUUCGGGCCUCAUCUCGUCAUCUUUCAUUUGCAUCCAUUGACCUACCGGGACAUCGGCCUCAACAUCGUCUCCAUCAUCGGCAAUUUUUUGUACUACCCAGCAUCGACGGAGUUCUCCCGUCCACUGUUUCAUUCCCUCCGGACGACCUCAUAUCCACGAUUUCACUCAAGGUCACGGGUCUUAGCCACCUUUCUCUCAAUCGGGCCUUCAACCAUUGUCACCGUCCUCAAACAUCGAUUCUUCCCCAAUUCACCACUCGUCGGAUAGAGCGCAGCACCAUUCAUCUUUUAUCUUUAUCUUUUGGGUCAUCUCUCCUCAUUUCGUUACUUGGUAUUUGCUGUCUUCUCCAGUUUGGUCACCUGAAUAUCCAUUGGAGGGUUUCAAUCGCCC